GACAAUAUUUGGUGGCCAUGUCAACGGAAAUCUUAGAUUUUUGAAUAAGGAAAUGUUUUUUUACAAGGAUAAUGUAAAAUAGUGAUAUGGACCAACAAAAUGAAAACAUCAGCCUUUUCUAUUACCUGUGUGAUAAUUGGAUGGACUGUUCUACUUCAGACAGUAUCAAGAUGCCGAGAAGUGUCACAGUGUGCUGGACAAGAGAUAAGUCUGGAUUGUUCUAGUCCUGACUGGCUGAUUCGGGUGGAAUAUGAGAUUUAUGGAUAUGACCAAUCACAGAACUGUCUCAUGUCAGGUGACCUCUGUACAUACACUGAAUUCCUCAGUCCACCAAGUGUUAAGUACUGUAAUGGCAGACCUACCUGUACCUUCACUGUACCAAGAGAUCAGUAUAUGUCAGUGUGCAAGGAAAAUGCAACCUCAGUUAAAGUCAGAUACCAGUGUGUGGCAAAAUCACAGAGUUUUGACAUGUGUACUGAUUUUCUGGAGCAGUACCGAUCCACCUUCUACCUCACCUCACCCCAAUACCCAGCCCCCAAAAUACCCACUGAGAGAUGUUCCUGUGACAUCAAUGGUCAGAACAUCGAUGUCCUGACUCUAGAGCAGACCAAGGCAUCGCUGAGUCCAGUGGUCUAUAUACUCACAUCUGACACCAGCACCAAACACAUCACCAAACUCAGCAUCAUCAACAGACUCGAGUUCUCCAACAUCUCUUAUCUCCAGGUCUUACUGGACAACAGGUACCCCCAGCAGGAAUUCAGACUGUGGCUCAAACUCACGGGCAGUGGUAUGGCUAUCAAAUGUGGCUCUCCUAUAAUACCAUCAGCCGUCAGCAGUUCACCUAUUGACAUGUCAACUCCAGAGAGUUACCUCCCCUCAAGCAUAUUCAGCACUUCAUCUCUUGGACUAUUGUCUUCUUAUGAUGACAUAAAUGUGACUCUUCUACCUAACAGCACCUUAAAUUUUAAUAUAAACACUUCCUCCAAGUCUCUGACAUCUGAAAAGAGUUACAUCUCUUUGUCAACCUUUGACACAGUGUUGACAGUGUCUGUGAUAACCGAGAGGAGUUAUCUCUCUUUGUCAACAGUCAACUCCGUGCUACAAACAGCUACAGUAACUUUAUCUUCUGUGUCAAUUACAGGAAAAAGUUCACAGAGAAUUAGCCAAUCAGGUGAGGUUAUAUUAAUUGCUGUGAUUGCCUCUGUUUGUGGUCUCUUCUUCAUCAUAUUCAUUGUCGCUGCUAUUCUUAUUUGCAGGAAGAAGAAUGAAGCUGUUUCUGAAUCUCGUGAAGAAAUACACCCCUGGUCAGACAGAAAUGUUAUAGAUGCAUAUGAACAAAAUGACUUCACUGUGAACUUUUAGUUUUCUUGUAAAA